GCAUGCUCCCCUUUCCGAUCCCUCGAACCCUUCGAUCGGGGUAUCUCUUUCCUGUUUCUCUCUGGAGAAAAGAGGAAUAUAGUAUUUUAAUUUAUUAGAUCGGAAUAAAGGCAAACCCUAAAUAAAAGCCCUAGCUCCUCUAUUCCCUUACAGAACCAAACCCUUUCGCCGCAUCUCCAAAAACCGCCGUCCGAUCCGGAUCCCGCCAAUUUAAUUCCUCGCGUUUUUUUAAAAAUGGUGUCGGACGCGAGCAAGAAGAAGGCGGCGGCGAAGAAGGCGGCGGCGGCGGCGAAGAGGGGAGGGAAAGCUCCAGCGACGUCGUCGUCUAAGGCCGCCGUCCAGGCGCAGAAUGGAGUGGACAAGGUCGCGGAUGGCGUUGGAUCCCUCCGGAUAUCCGAUCGGACGUGCACCGGAGUCCUUGCCUCUCAUCCCCUCUCAAGAGAUAUCCAUAUAGAGUCUCUAUCAUUGACAUUUCAUGGACAUGACCUUAUAGUAGAUUCUGAACUGGAGCUUAAUUAUGGAAGACGUUAUGGUCUGCUCGGAUUGAAUGGCUGUGGGAAGUCUACUCUCCUUUCAUCAAUAGGUUACAGGGAGCUUCCAAUUCCUGAACACAUGGAUAUCUACCACCUUACCCGGGAGAUUGAAGCUUCAGACAUGUCUGCACUUCAGGCUGUCAUUAACUGUGAUGAAGAAAGGCUAAGGCUGGAGAAAGAAGCUGAAAUCUUGGCAUCUCAGGAUGAUGGUGGUGGAGAAGCUUUGGAUCGCGUCUACGAGCGCUUAGAAGCAAUUGAUGCCUCAACUGCUGAGAAGCGUGCUGCUGAAAUUUUGUAUGGGCUUGGUUUCAAUAAACAAAUGCAAGCAAAGAAAACUCGAGACUUCUCUGGUGGGUGGCGUAUGAGGAUUGCGCUAGCACGAGCACUGUUUAUGAACCCAACCAUCCUUUUACUUGAUGAGCCCACAAAUCAUCUUGAUCUUGAAGCAUGUGUGUGGCUUGAAGAGACACUAAAAAAGUUUGAUCGUAUCCUUGUCGUAGUCUCGCACUCUCAGGAUUUUCUUAAUGGUGUCUGUACCAACAUCAUCCACAUGCAGAACAGGAAACUUAAGCUCUACACUGGCAACUAUGACCAGUAUGUCCAGACCCGAGAAGAGCUGGAAGAAAACCAGAUGAAGCAGUACAAGUGGGAGCAGGAGCAGAUUGCUUCCAUGAAAGAGUAUAUUGCUCGUUUCGGUCAUGGUUCUGCUAAGCUGGCCCGCCAAGCCCAGAGCAAGGAGAAAACCCUUGCUAAGAUGGAGCGUGGUGGGCUUACUGAAAAGGUGGUUAAGGACAAGGUACUAGUCUUCCGCUUCACAGAUGUGGGUAAACUUCCUCCACCAGUACUGCAGUUUGUGGAAGUCACCUUCGGGUACACCCCUGACAACCUCAUCUACAAGAACCUUGAUUUUGGGGUGGAUCUUGAUUCGAGGAUAGCAUUAGUGGGACCUAAUGGAGCAGGGAAGAGCACGUUGCUCAAGCUGAUGACUGGUGACCUUGUUCCACUGGAUGGUAUGGUAAGGCGUCACAAUCAUCUCAGGAUUGCCCAGUUCCAUCAGCAUCUGGCGGAGAAGCUUGAGUUGGAGAUGUCGGCGCUCCAGUUCAUGAUGAAGGAAUACCCAGGGAACGAGGAGGAGAGGAUGAGGGCUGCAAUAGGUAAGUUUGGAUUGUCUGGAAAAGCCCAGGUGAUGCCUAUGAAGAACUUGUCAGAUGGACAGAGGAGCCGGGUGAUCUUUGCUUGGUUGGCCUGGAGGCAGCCACACCUGCUGCUGCUGGAUGAGCCAACAAACCAUCUGGAUAUUGAAACUAUUGACUCCUUGGCAGAAGCGCUGAAUGAGUGGGAUGGCGGAUUAGUUUUGGUGAGUCAUGACUUCAGGCUGAUCAACCAGGUGGCUCAGGAGAUCUGGGUGUGUGAAAAUCAGACAGUGACUCGGUGGGAGGGCGACAUCAUGGACUUUAAAGAGCAUCUGAGGAGCAGGGCUGGGUUGCCUGAGUGAGUUAUGAAAGGAAGUAGAAAUAUCUCAAAUUUAUCAUUGAGCUUAUAUUGUUAAUUGCUAUAUUCGUAAUAUUGACAGUAGUUAUUACAUUUGACUGAGAGGAAGUAGAAAUAUCACAAAUUUAUCAUUGAGCUUAUAUUGUUAAUUGCUAUAUUUGUAAUAUUGGCGGUAGUUAUUACUUUUGACUGCCUUCUGUUUUUCAUUCAAUGAUCUUAGGCAGCCUAUUAAGGCCUGAACAAGCCUCUGCCA